ACUUUUUUGCGCGGACCCAACAUGAACCUCACACCUCUCAUGGUCAUUGCACCGGAGAUCAUGGAGGUGACCAUGUUCGGUACCCCAAGUCUCGUGCACGACCAUGCACUCAGCAUGUACAUCCAGAACAUCAAAUGCCGCCUGCUACACGAGGAAAAGAAGCUGGGAAAGAGUUUCACUCUACCCGCAUUGCGUAUGAGGUCAGCUCCAACGUUCUUAGAGGAUGUGAAUGGUGCCUCACAGACCGGAGGUGAUGGUCAGUAAGGCCCGAACUUUUAGUGUGUGCACUUAGAAAACGAUAGAGAUAAGUAACCUAGUGUGAUAGUCAAGCCUGCUGGGUCGGCAACGAUGUAAUGAGAAGUAUGCAAUAUGAAUAUGAAUAAAUGUACUAGUACC